CCUUCGCCAAUCCCACGCCUCGAGUCCCAUCAGGUGUCUCCAAACCCGGGUGCCGUUGCCUCACCGUCCAUAGUCCCCGUUGACCUCGCCGCAAAAUAACGCCACGGAUUUCCUUUGGCUUCGGUCCAGUUUCCACAACUGCCGACCUCCCCGUCCAUUUCGUCUUCCUCUUCUGCUGCAGCUUCCUCCUCCGCACCUAUAAAUACUCGCUAGUGAUCUAUGUGCCAAACGAUUCGUUGCGGUACUCGCCAAGUGACGGAGGACUCCAAGACGGCACGUUCCCCUUGGACGGCAUGCAGAACCAGGAAAUCGGCACGAACGAGGCGCAGCCGACGACGGCGAGGUACAAGGGAGUGCGAUUGAGGAAGUGGGGCAAAUGGGUAGCCGAGGUGCGGUUCCCCAACAGCCGCCGGCGGCUGUGGCUCGGCUCCUACCCGACGCCCGAGAUGGCUGCGCGAGCCUACGACGCCGCCGUGUACUGCCUGCGCGGCCCCGGCGCGGCGUUCAACUUCCCGAGCCACCCACCCAGCAUACCGUCGGCCGACAAGCUGAGCCGGUACGAGAUACGUGAGGCGGCCGAGCGGCACGCGCGCGAAGGGCCGCAGCGGGAGGAGGCAGAGGAAGCUGGCGAGCAAGUGGCGGAUCCUGGUGCGGGAAGCUCUGGUUUAGGGGCGCCGUCGGGGCAGCCGGCCGAGCCGUCAUCAUCAGUGCCGGUUUUCGACGACGCCACAGCGAGCGGUGGGGAAUGGUUCGAUGGUUUCUGGUAUGACGCCGGGGGCGGCAUCGACGAUGGCGAUAUCUAUGGAUCGUCUCCUCUUUGGAACUUCCAUCAGUAGAACGAAUGCCACUGUUCAUCGAACACCCCGUAAAUUCGUACUCGAGGCGCUUUCUUCGCGCUUAUACUCGUAGACGCCCCAGCCUCACUAUGCGAGCCAUGUCCUGGUUGACUUGUGUCAAAUUGGAUAUGGUCGUUGACUAUUUGCUUUACGUUGUAGAUUCUUCGAUCAGAUACAUAAUCCGCACUUACAACGCUGGUUGACUGUUU